AUGGAUAACGCCACGUACAGCUACCCGUCCGACUGCACCCCGCUCACCAGCUGCAAGGCCGCACGCAAACCCGCCGGCUCCACCGUGGUCAACAUGGGCCGCACGGGCCAGCCCCCCCGGGACUACCUGGUCUGGUCUCUCUGCAACACCCUGUACGUCAACUUCUGCUGCCUGGGCUUUCUGGCUCUCAUCUACUCAGUCAAGGCCCGGGAUCAGAUGACCCUGGGGGACCUGAGGGCGGCGAGGGAGUGCUCGGACAAGGCCAAGUGGUACAACAUCCUGGCGUCGGGCUGGAACCUGCUGAUCCCCCUGCUGGUGGUGGUGGUGCUGGUGCUGCUGCUGGUGCACCUGGGCAGUGCCGAGGGCUCCUUCGACUUCUUCGGCGAGGACGGCUACCAGAGCUUCAUGAAGCUGUUCAGCAGGUAG